AUGAGAAUAUACAACGCUUUUUUUCUUUUCCAGUUGCUUCUCGUAUCGUGCUGUUUCAUACCAUGUCUGUCCCACAAACCUCACCAACCCACUGUGGGGUCACUGCAUGCAUUGAAGUCCAUGGAGAAUAAAAUGCAAAUGAGGAGAAGCAGGAGGAAAAAAAUUAUCCUGUAUUCCAUAGGUUCCAUCCUAGCACUAGCAACAGUUAUAGCAACUGGGGUAGGCAUAGGAAUGUAUAUGAAAAAGAAAAAAAAAAACUCCUUGGAAAAUGUGCAAGAAGUUGAAUCUGAAAGGUCAGGGAAGGAAAAAGAAGAGCCCAUUUUGCUGAUGAACAAAUCCGAGGUUGAGAAGGUUGAGAUCAAGGGGGAUAGCGAAGAAGUUACUCAAAAGACAAGCAGCCCAAGCGAAGGUAUCCACACGGAAACCUCCAUGAGCGAAAAGGUGGACGCCCAGGCAAUCAUAAGCGAUAGGAUGAAAAACGAACCAACUGACAACAAACCGCUUAACAUCGAGGAGACAGUAGCAGAACCCCCCAGCCUCGAGAUCGGCGAUGCAGAAGUAGAAAUAGAACCGUUCUCUACGGAUAAGGACCUUUCGAGUAUUGAGAAUGUAACUGAUAAAACGAAUGAUACACUAACUCCAGAAUCAAAGGAUUUCUCUGAAUCUGUAUUUGAAGAAAAUUUGGAUGACAAUCAUCGUCCUCUGAAAUUGGAGGAUGCUUUGAUAGAUACUCCAAUUAGUGACGAUGAGCAAUCUGAAUUUUCUGGAAAAACUAAUGAGAUUGAGUCGGGUUAUAAUGCAAAAAGUGGAAAUGGUGACGGAACAACAAGUUCUUCCACUAGCAAUAAGUAUUCUGGAAUUUCUUCACAAGAUAAAUGGAACAAAUUUUAUGAAACAGGCAUAGAACCCCCCAUUGUCCCAGUGAAAUACGAAAAGGUUGGAAUUAAGGAUACCCUUCAAAUGGGAUCUGAGGAAAUACCAGUGAAGAAUGAUGAUUCUGCAUCUAACAAUAUUUUGGAUGUAGAGGAAGUGUCUACAUCUAAUAAAGAGAUCUUUACGGAUAAGGAUCUUUCGAGCAUUGAGAAUGUAACUGAUAAAACGAAUGAUACACUAACUGCAGAAUCAAAAGACUUCUCUGAAUCUGUAUUUGAAGAAAAUUUGGAUGACAAUUGUCGUCCUCUUAAAUUGGAGGAUGCUUUGAUAGAUACUCCAAUUAGCGACGAUGAGCAAUCGGAAUUUUCUGGAAAUACUAAUGAGAUUGAUUCGGAUUAUAAUACAAAAAAUGUAAAUGGUGACGGAACAACAAGUUCUUCGAGCAGCAAUAAGAAUUCUGGAAUUUCUUCACAAGAUAAAUGGAACAAAUUUUAUGAAACAGGCAUAGAACCCCCCAUUGUCCCAGUGAAAUACGAAAAGGUUGGAAUUAAGGAUACCCCUCAAAUGGUAUCUGAGGAAAUACCAGUGAAGAAUAAUGAUUCUGCAUCUAACAAUAUUUUGGAUGUAGAGGAAGUGCCUACAUCUAAUAAAGAGAUCUUUAUGGAUAAGGAUCUUUCGAGCAUUGAGAAUGUAACUGAUAAAACGAAUGAUACACUAACUCCAGAAUCAAAAGACUUCUCCGAAUCUGUAUUAGAAGAAAAUUUGGAUGACAAUCAUCGUCCUCUGAAAUUGGAGGAUGCUUUGAUAGAUACUCCAAUUAGCGACGAUGAGCAAUCUGAAUUUUCUGGAAAAACUAAUGAGAUUGAGUCGGGUUAUAAUGCAAAAAAUGUAAAUAGUGACGAAACAACAAGUUCUUCGAGCAGCAAUAAGAAUUCUGGAAUUUCUUCACAGGAUAAAUGGAACAAAUUUUAUGAAACAGGCAUAGAACCCCCCAUUGUCCCAGUGAAAUACGAAAAGGUUGGAAUUAAGGAUACCCCUCAAAUGGUAUCUGAGGAAAUACCAGUGAAGAAUAAUGAUUCUGCAUCUACCAAUGUUUCGGAUGCAGGGGAAAUGUCUACAUCUAAUAAAGAGUCUUCCCCCAGUAAGAAGUACACUUCCCCUAAAAAUAGGGAUUCUGGCAAAAUCUCCAGCUCCACCCGAGUUUACAGAAAUCCUUCGAGCGGUAACACCGGAUUUGGCUUACGUCUAUAUACAGAUGCCUCGGGUUCGAAUAGUAAUAAGGGACGAACACGUGGCCCCCAAAUUAAGAUUAGAAAGCGCAACUAA